UCGAAGUAUAACAUCGUGUAUACAUAUUCAUUUUUUGCUCUUUACUUACCUUCAAAAAAAUUUACCCUUUGACAAGAAAUAAAAAUAAUAAAAAGUCAUUUUUGGAAGGCUAUUGGAAAGAUACAUAAACCCAACUUGUUCCAUUUUGUUUUGUCCCAAUAUAAAGAUAGUGAGUGAGUGCCCAUCACAUGUUACUACAAUACUCUUCAUCAAACCAAAAAAAAGAAAAAAAAAGAAAAAAAAUGAGACAUAUUAUCCAUAACUUAGCACUCAUAAUUUCUAUCAUAUGCUCCACCACUCUAACGAUCCAUGCCACCAAUCUCCCGCCAUUCUCAUGCGGCGCUCCACCAACUAAAUCAUCAUAUCCAUUCUGUAACGUCGGGGCGCCGGUCAGGGAGCGGGCCCGCGACCUGAUCUCGCGCCUCACGUUGGACGAGAAGAUCUCGCAGCUCGUCAACAAGGCCGCGGGCAUCCCGCGCCUCGGCGUCCCCUACUACCAAUGGUGGUCGGAGGCGCUGCAUGGGGUGGCCAUCGCCACCGGCGUCGAGAACGGCGUCUCCUUCAAGGGGGACGUCAAGGCCGCCACCAGCUUCCCUCAAGUCAUACUCACGGCCUCCACAUUUGAUGCCGAUCUCUGGUAUCGGAUAGCAAAGGUGAUUGGAACAGAGGCAAGAGGCAUCUACAACGAGGGGCAGGCGAUCGGGCUGACAUUCUGGUCGCCAAACAUCAACAUUUUCAGGGAUCCGCGGUGGGGCCGCGGCCAAGAGACCCCCGGAGAGGACCCCUUGCUCACGGCCAAGUAUGCGACAUCGUUUGUCAGAGGCAUCCAAGGCGACUCCUUUGAGGGCGGAGCUCUCAAAGACGGCCACCUCCAAGUCUCCGCCUGCUGCAAGCACUUCACCGCCUAUGAUCUCGACAAAUGGCAAGGAUAUGAUCGCUUCACCUUUAAUGCUCAAGUGACGAAGCAGGAUAUGGCGGAUACGUACCAGCCCCCGUUUAGGAGCUGCGUGGAGGAGGGAAAGGCGAGUGGGAUAAUGUGCGCGUACAAUCUUGUGAACGGCGUCCCAAACUGCGCGGAUUAUGAUCUGCUCACCAAGACUGCUCGCGGAGUGUGGGGAUUUGAAGGGUACAUAACCUCGGAUUGUGAUGCCGUUUCGCUUCUCUUUCAGCAGCAGCACUACGCAAAAUCGGAUGAAGAGGCUGUUGCUGAUGUUCUCAAAGCCGGAAUGGAUGUGAAUUGUGGUUCCUAUUUGGGGAAUUACACAAAAUCUGCUGUCUUAAAGGGGAAGGUGUCUGAAUCUGAUAUAGACAGGGCUCUUGAGAAUCUCUUCUCUGUGAGGAUGAGGUUGGGCCUCUUCAAUGGGGCCCCGAGUGGGCUAACCUACGGAAAACUCGGACGUGCAGAUAUCUGCACACCCGAGCACCAGGAGUUGGCGCUCGAGGCGGCCAGGCAGGGGAUAGUCCUACUGAAGAACGAGGGAAACCUGUUGCCGCUAUCUAAGGCUCGGACAGGGUCUCUUGCAGUUGUGGGCCCGAACGCAAAUGUUUCCAAGACGCUCCUCGGAAACUACGCGGGGCCGCCUUGCACCACCGUCACUCCACUCCAAGGGCUAUCGAGUUAUGUUAAGGAUGUCAGUUUUGAACAAGGGUGCGCCACCAUCAACUGCACCUCUGCUGAUGUGAAAGCAGCCGUCGUGCUUGCAAAGUCAGUAGACUACGUCGUGUUGGUGAUGGGACUCAAUCAGGAACGCGAGAGGGAAGAUCUUGAUCGCGACGACUUGGUGCUCCCCGGGAAGCAGCAGAGCCUCAUCAUGAGCGUUGCCAAGGCGGCUAAGAGGCCCAUCGUUUUGGUGCUGCUUUGUGGAGGGCCAGUUGAUGUUUCCUUUGCCAAAAAUGAGAAGAAAAUUGGGAGCAUUUUGUGGGCUGGUUAUCCUGGUCAGGCUGGAGGCAGAGCAAUUGCAGAGAUCAUAUUUGGUGACUAUAAUCCAGGAGGAAGGUUGACAAUGACUUGGUAUCCACAAGACUUCAUCAAGAUACCUAUGACUGAUAUGAGAAUGAGGGCCGAUCCGUCGUCCGGCUACCCGGGACGCACCUAUAGAUUCUACAAAGGCGAAAAAGUGUUUGAAUUCGGGUACGGCCUCAGCUACUCCACCUAUUCUUACAAGAUCAUUUCUGUGAGCCAAAACAAGUUUGAUCUCAAGGCAUUAUCAUCCGCUUCCGGCGUUCCUAAAAACCUAGGGUAUGUCUCGGUCCUGGAGUUGGGACCGGAGUCGUGUGAGAAGGCUAGGUUUUCGGUUGUAGUUAGCGUUGAAAAUGAAGGGGAGAUGGGAGGCAAGCAUCCAGUGCUUUUGUUUGUGAGGCGCGCUCAAGGUGGUGGUAGCAGCCCGAUGAAACAACUGGUCGGGUUUCAGACAGUAAGGACGGACGCCAAGGAGAAGACGAACGUCGAGUUUUGGGUGAGUCCGUGUGAGCAUUUUAGUAGGGCUAGUGAAGAUGGGGUGAUGGUGAUUGAAUCAGGAGAUGGGAAUUUAGUUGUAGGAGAUGAGGAGUAUCCUAUUAGCAUAAAUAUUUGACACAAGAAUUGUUAAUUGUGUUAAGGUUUUAUGCAGCUUGAUGACUAUUGGAAUAAAAUGUAUUUGAAAUGUGGGAAUUGCUGCAGUUGAAUUGCUAUAGUGUUGGUUGUCAUUGAAAGUUAAGUAAUUAACCACAUUUUGAAUAUUUAUUGGAGCAACUGUUUUUGCUUUA